CUGGGAGGAGUAAAAGUCGCUCUCUUCGUAACCGGUUUCUGUUUUGAGGGGGAUCUCUCUGACAGCUCAAGUAGCCUAUUAGAUGAACUUCUACAGAGCUGUUCAGUCAUUUGGAAAGAAGUAGGACCGGCGUCUGACAAGUUGUCACAGGCACAGGAAAGCAGCUAUGCCUGGCAACUGAGUGAUCAGACUGUCACGUGAACCGAAAGUGAUUUAUUUUUUUCCUGUCUUUAUUUAGGCAUUUUAAGUAGGUUAUUGCGCUUCAUCUUCCAGGAACGCUCGUUUUGAUUGAAGCAGAUAAUGGGGGACAUUACGACGGCCUCGGUGGACAGGAGCACACGGGAUGCGAAUGAUCAAGGUCCACAUUUGAGAGCGGGAGGUCCAGGUGCCGCCGUCCAAGUUGAAGGCAGCAGCAUCCAAAACGGUGACAGCAGCUCUGCGGCCACCACGCGUUUAUAUAAGAAGCGCUGGGUGAUCGUGUUCCUCUUCAGCUCCUACUCCCUGAGCAAUGCAUACCAAUGGAUCCAGUACGGGAUCAUCAGCAACAUCAUGAUGAAGUUCUACAACGUGGGAGCGCUCGCUGUAGACUGGCUGUCCAUGAUCUACAUGCUCACCUACAUCCCCUUCAUCUUCCCGGUCACCUGGCUCCUGGAUAAGAAGGGACUGCGGGUCACAGCGCUGCUGGCCAACGCACUCAACUGCAUCGGGACGUGGAUCAAGGUGGCCAGUGCCAAACCAGACCUCUUCUGGGUGACCAUACUCGGACAGUUUGCCACUUCCCUUGCCCAGGUCUUCAUCCUCGGGAUGCCCUCCCGCCUGGCGUCGGUCUGGUUCGGCGCGGAUGAGGUCUCCACCGCUUGCUCCAUUGGAGUUUUUGGGAAUCAGGUGGGUAUUGCCAUCGGGUUCCUGGUCCCACCCGUCCUUGUGCCUAAUGUGGACGAUAUGAAUGAGCUGGCGUACCACAUCAGAAUCAUGUUCUACAUUAGCGCAGGAGUGGCCACCGUCAUCUUUAUCCUCGUGGUCAUCGUGUUUCAGGAGAAACCAGAGUUACCUCCCUCCCAGUCCCAGGCUCAGGCCAGGAACAUUCACCCUGAUGAGUACUCGUACACGGCUUCUGUUUGGAGGCUGCUUUGCAACAAACCCUUCAUGCUCCUGGUCGUCAGCUAUGGGCUGAACGUCGGCUGCUUUUAUGCUGUUUCCACGUUGCUGAAUCGGAUGAUCAUCGAACACUAUCCUGGUGAAGAGGUGAAUGCUGGGAGAAUUGGUCUGACUCUUGUCAUUGCUGGCAUGGUCGGGUCCCUCAUAUGUGGCCUUUGGCUGGACAAGACCAAAACCUACAAACAAACCACCUUGGUCGUGUAUGUCUUCUCGCUGGUUGGGAUGCUGAUCUAUGCCUUCACCCUCAACCUGGGUCACCUGUGGGUGGUGUUUGUCACAGCUGGAGUCUUAGGCUUCUUCAUGACUGGAUAUCUACCUCUGGGCUUCGAGUAUGCAGUAGAGCUCACCUUUCCAGAGUCAGAAGGAACCUCAUCUGGACUGCUUAACUGUUCGGCUCAGAUCUUUGGAAUUAUAUUCACCAUCUCCCAAGGGAAGAUUAUUGAUAAAUGGGGUACUUUAGCUGGCAACAUCUUCCUGAGUAUCUUCAUGCUAAUUGGAGCAAUAAUGACAGCAUUCAUCAAGUCUGACCUCCGCCGACAGAAGGCCAACCUGCAGACCGAAGUGGAGACUGUGAGUGUUGCCAGUUCCAUGUCAUCGGCGCAGGACUACGGGGCCACGGCGUGCAGCUGCAGUCAUGACAAAAACCCACAACCUCACUAAAACCAAAACGCACACCUGCUGAGAAAAUGACAGCUGAUCUGGAAGGAGCCGUCUUUGCACCUGAAAUCCUGAAAGAAAGGAAGCUGUAAGGAGGAGAGAGGAGACGCUCCCUCAGACAGAAACAGAAACAGUAUCACGUCUACAUAAACAUGCACACAUGGCCACAGAGGGACACCAGCUGUGAAGAGUGACGACCUGGAGACUGACUGAGCAGCCUUCUGUGAACUUUUUGACUGGAGUAAGAACCAGCACACCUGCUGUAUAUUUGACGUACUGAACAACAUGAAGUACUGUAUGGAUGCGAGAGAUUCACACUAAAAUCCCAAGUGCAACUUAGCUUAUCCCAAAGUCAGUCAUGCACAAGGGGAAGCUUUGAACCUCAGUCGUGGUCCUUAAUUUUAUCCAUUUUAGGCAUUUUACAUGUCCUGUCAGUGCAAUGAAACUGCCACUUUAGUGACUCCAACAUGACUACACUCCUUUACUAAAAUCAACUUUUAACUGAACUGUUUCCUUCCUCCCCCUGUUUAAUGUUAGUGUUCUAUGCAUCUAAGAAGCAAUAUUUUAACUGUGAUUAUUUCCUAAUAUUGGACCAACAUUGUGUAUGUGUGUAUGUGUGUGUGUGUGUGACAAAAGUUAGUCUUUACAUUGCUGAAGGUAUUCAUUUUAACUGUUUUGAGAGUGUUUAUUUCAGACUGUGGUGUGUUUUCCUGUCAUGGCAGUCUGAAUGCUGCUCAUUACAAAUAUGAUUGAUGCUGUGCAUCCGAGUGCACUUUGGAAGGUCAGUUUUAUCAUUGUUUUACUGUAACAUGAGAUAUUUAAGGAUGAAUAUUUGCAUCAGCAUGCGAGCGCAACAUGAAACAUGAUGGAAGGAUGAGGCAAAUCAAUGUACUGCAGUUGUCAUUUUGCACAAGAAAAUGUUUCAUGUAGAAAAUUAAUUUGUUACUGAGAAAUGUACUUCAUGCUGUGUAAGCAGUAUUUGUACAGUCUGUCAUUAACAUAUUUUACUUGAUGUUGAGUGCUUAGUUGUUAGAUGGUGAUUUUACUACUUUACAGUGAUUCUGUGAUUUAUUUUGUUUUUAGGGCUUUUCACAGUGCUGUGAAGACAUUUUAAACACCCAUUUGGGCUUUUAUAAAUUUAUUCUUAAUGUAGUUCAACAGACUGUAAAUCAUACUACAGACUGGAUACACUGUUUAGUGUUUUCUGGAAUACUACAGUUCCAUCCAUCCAGUCUCUAUACCCCUUAUCCGUCAGGUUUGCGGGUGGGCUGCAGCCUGUCCCAGCUGACUAUGGGUGAGAAAAGAACAAAUCAAUACAUUAAAAACAUAUCAGAGGACUGAAAAGAGGCUGUUUUGUUCCUCUCUAAGCAGAAAAGAAAGAAAAAAGAUGUCACUCUAUACAUCUGUGGAUAUAAUAAGAGCAUGAGAAUAUAUUUUUCUUUUUAAAAAUGGCUCUUUGUGCUCAUGCUUUUUGCAUUUGAAUCCAUCCUAAACCUGAAAGUCCAAAGCUGAAAAGCCAGAAUCAGCAGAAAAUGAUGCUGAAAAGUUCUUGCUUAAACACAAAUGUGACACCUGAGCAGCAGUGAUAAAUAUGUUUAUCGAAAAUACUGCUAGGGAAAAAAAAAAAGAAAAAAAAGAACACAAUUAACAUCCUGGGAAACAGGAUAUCGCAACUUGUUUUUCAUUUGUAGUUUACAAAAACACAAAUUUUUAUUACUUUAAUGGAAAAAACAAAUCUUUUAAUUUUUAAAAAGAUUUAUAGGACAGUAAUUGUGCAUAAAUUCAAAGGGUGUACAAACUUUUCACAGCACAAAACAAACAUCGAGAAUAACUUCUGAUAUACUUGUUUGUGAUACUUUGUAAUGAAGAGCAUAGUUUUAUACUGUAUUGUCAUCUGAGUUCUUUGGUAAAUCAUCACGAAUCAAAAAAAAAAAAAUACAGGAAGUGGUGAAAUAAAACAGUCAACAUUC